AUGAGACACGAUUCAUCAUUCUCUCCAGAUUUCAUUCUGCGUGUUACUGAGCAAGCUUUCACUCAAUCGUGCAUUACGAAGAAUGAAGUCAUCGUUAUUAAUGGGUCGACACCAGGGCCUGAAUUGCGGCUGACUGAGGGGAAUGUUUAUUGGAUAAGAGUGUUUAAUGAUAUGGACAAUAAUAAUUUGACAAUGCACUGGCAUGGAUUAAGCAUGGCAGCUUCUCCAUUUUCCGACGGCACUCCUGGAGCAUCGCAAUGGCCUAUUCCUCCGAACCACUUCUUUGACUACGAGCUAGACAUUGGAAUAGGAACAGCAGGGACUUACUUCUAUCAUUCCCACAUAGGAUUUCAAGCCGUUACUGCAGCAGGACCACUUAUUGUCGAAGAUGCUGGGAAGCCGCCCUAUCAAUAUGACGACGAGAGGAUUAUCGCAUUGUCAGAUAUCUUCGAGAAGUCGGACAACGAAAUCGAAGCCGGUCUAGUUGGGAAUCCAUUUCAGUGGAGUGGCGAGACGGCCAAUGUUCUUGUCAACGGGCAAGGGCAACUUCAUGAGAGUACUGAGUCUCCUGGCUGCGACCUCGCCACAAUCAGCGUUGAACCAGAAAAGACUUAUCGCUUUAGAUUUAUUGGGGGCACAGCUUUGUCUUUCGUGACUCUCGGUUUCGAAGAUCACGGGGAUAUGAUUCUGAUCGAGGCGGAUGGCAACUACGUUAAGCCAGUCAACAUUUCCUACCUCCAGAUUGGAAGUGGCCAGAGAUUUAGUGUUCUCUUUAAGACGAAACGACGAAGCGACUUGACAAAAUCCCAGUUUUUCAUGCAGAUAGAGACUCGAGAUCGUCCAUCACUCACUCGCUCCUACGCAAUCUUGGACUACAAACUCACCAGCUCGAAAAGAGUGCCACGCCCAAUUGAACCUCGCCUCUCCCUACCCCAACAACCACCUCUUACACUUCCAACAAACACCUUUGGAUGGCUCGAUUACAAACUCCUUUCUCUGUUCCCCAAUCCAGACUUUCCUCUAACCUCAGAAGUCACCCGCCGAAUAACUAUUCGGACCCACCAAAUCAUCGGCAACGGCUCCAUAAUGUGGGCCCAAGACGACAGUCCCUGGAUCGAGUCCUUCCCUAAAGAGCCGUACCUUGUCUCCCUCUACAAGAAGGACAGCUUAGAAUUCCCGUCUUUGGACCGCGCAAACUUGAAUCAUGGUAUUGAUCCCAUCACCCGGGUGUUUCCCGCUGCCCUGGGCGAAGUCAUCGAGAUCAUAAUCCAAAACACUGGAUCGGAUGUUGGGAGCGUGGAUGUACAUCCUUUUCACGCACAUGGAGCGCAUUAUUAUGAUCUGGGCUCGGGGAAUGGGACGUAUGAUCCGGUUGCUAAUGAGGACAAGAUUAAGGGGUUGAGUUUGGCGCGGAGAGAUACAACGAUGUUGUAUAAGUAUGCGGAGAAAACUACGCCGGGGAUUGAUAUGGGGUGGAGGGCUUGGAGAUUGAGGGUCACGGAACCAGGGGUGUGGAUGAUUCACUGUCAUAUCUUGCAGCAUAUGGUUAUGGGUAUGCAAACUGUGUGGGUUAUGGGUAAAGACUCGGAGAUCAUUAAAGUACCUAUGGAGCAUAUCCAAGGGUAUUUAGAGUAUAGUGGAAGUGUGAAUGGGAACAGCACACAUGAUCCGCACGUUGUACAUUUUGCUGGGACUACUGAUUAG